ACUUUGGAUUGACACUGGGAUCAGGGAGAUCAGGAUCCUACCCUCUCCCUCCAGCCAUCUCCCCCUCGCUCCAGUCCAGGGAAAGUCCCUCUUUCUCCCCAAUUGCUAAGCCCAGCGGUGACAUCUGUGCCUGGCAUGGGUGGAGCGGCCCCUGGAAACUCCGCGGCUCCAGUACAGGUUGGAGCGGGCAGCUCCGGGAGUCACUCGGCACCGGGAGCCGCGGGGAGAGGCAGCAGCCAGUGGCCAGGGAACGUGCCCCGAUCCCCAGCCGGGAGCCCUACGCUUUGCUCACCCAGGGAGGCUCAGAGACCAGGUGAGGGAUCCUAUCACACUAGCCAUGCCUAGAUCUGGUGCCUUCAUCCCUCUCCUCCUCCUCUUCCUUCUCCCGGGGGUCUCCCCCUACUGCUACACAGGCAAAGCUGAGGUGUGCAAUGAGAAUAUGGCCUCUGUGCCUGCACACAACCUGGUGGGGGAGGGCAUCGACAUCACCACGCUGGAGUGGACAGGGGCCUCCGUAGUGGACACCAGCUUAUGGCGCGGCCCAAACGGCACCUGCAGCCUGUGCCGGAACCCGCUGCAGGAGGGGCAGGUGCAGAGGGUGCCUCUGGCCGUGGUCGACUGGAGGGUCCACAGCUGGUGCAACCGGGACCUCAGCAGCUCGGUGGAAGAGUCAGCCGUGGACGUGGCCCGGGCAAUAGCGUCGGAUGUGAAAAAUGACUGGAAGUUGGAGCUGGGGCUGCCGGAUGAGUCCCCGGUCCUGGCCCUGGGGGGGUCCCAAUCCCGGCUCGCUGGUUAUGCCUACCAGAAGGAGCUGCAUGACAAGUACAUGUUCGUACGCCACGAGGUGUCCUGUGUGUAUUACAGGUUGAGGCUCCCCCAAGACCCCCCACUGACGCCCCACUUCUCCUGGGCCCUGAGCCGCCUCCCACCCAGCUACAACUCAGCUGCAUACAGGCCCUUCCUGGCCACGUACGGCACCCACUACAUUAGCCAGGCAGCACUGGGGGGGCGCGUGCGGCAGCUGACGACCGCCCAGACCUGCCGGGUGGUAUUGGGCGGGCUGACGGUUUCCGACAUCAAGCAGUGCCUGGCUUCACAGUUCUCCCUGAACCUGGGCUUGGGGUCACUUGCCUCAGACUCUGAGUGCCGUGAGGGGAGCAGCCACUGGCACAAGUGGCGCUCCCAGGCGGCCUACAUGGAGCACCGCGCCGAGGUGACGGGCGGCCACGGCCACGCCAGCCUGCUCUUCUCCACCAAGCAAGACGCUGGGGUCUUCUCGGCUUGGAUGGAGAGCCUCAAAACCAGCCCCAGCCUUGUCUCCUACUCCCUGAUGCCCAUCCACACCUUAUUGGAGCCAGAUGACCCCAGGCGGGAGGCGCUGAGGCAGGCAGUGAAGAAGUACGUGGCUGAACGGGGAAGGAGGAGGAGUUGCCCUCGUAGCUGCCCGGAGGGGGGCAAAACCUACUCCUGGGACCCCUGCAAAUGCUACUGCUUUGCGAGCCCCCUCACCAACUCCAUGUGCUGCUCACUCAAGCGGGGCAUGGCCCGGCUGAAGGUCCGGGUGCUGUCGGCUGAAGACCUAUGGGGGGACCCCACGUCCGCCACCGACGCCUAUGUCAGGUUCUUGUUCCAAGGCCGGCGGCUGCAGACGGGCCACAUUGAGGAAGAUAACAACCCCGUUUGGUUCAAAGACCUGGACUUUGGGCCGGUGACGCUGCCGGCGCUGCCCAAAAUGGAAAUGGAGGUGUGGGACAGUGACCUGUGGGAGGAUGACCUCCUGGGCCGCUGCUACACCUACCUCGAGGUUGGCAGGGAUGUCAGAUACACCUGCCACCUCGCACACGGCCACUUGAAGUUUUCCUACACGCUGGAAUGUGGGCCCAACCUGGGGGGCAACAACUGCCAUGAGUACGUGCCUGCAAGAGGCUGAGGGGAGAGAACCCAGGAGUCCUGGCUCCCAGCCCCCUGCUCUAACCCACCAGACCCCACUCCCCUCCCAGAGCUGGGGAGAGAACCCAGGAGUCCUGUUUCCCAGCCCCCCCUGCUCCAACCCACUAACCCCCACUCCCCUCCCAGAGCUGAGGAUAGAACCCAGGAGUCCUGGCUCCCAGCCCCCCCUGCUUUAACCCACUACCCUCCUCUCCUCUACAAGAGCUGGGAUCCGAAACCAGGGGUCCCAGCUCCAAGUCUCAGGAGGAAAAAAAAAGGCGGUGCUGUCUUUGAAAUCGGGCCCGAAACAAGCCCAACCCAUCUCAGAGGGAGAGGGGUGUGUGUCUGGGGGUGGGGGAAGGGAGGGUAUACAAAUUCCAUUGGUUUUUUUUUAGUACUUCUAGUUUUGCUGCCUACAACAUGAAGUUACACAUUAAAAAUAAUAACCGUGCGUGGACUUCCAUUAUGAAGAAAAGAGGUCAUCCUCUCACUCGCCCCCCUCCAUGGUCUCCGUUGCCUCGUGGGACAUUCCCGUGUGGCACCGUGAAAGCAUCUUCCGGUGCAGGACAAGAACAUGGAGCAAAGGAUGCAGCGAGUGGGCGGGAUUUUCGUAAUUGAACGGGAGCAGGGAGCGGAGGCUUCUCAAAUUCGGAUGAUGGGCAUCAGUCACCAAAACCGCGCCCACCACCGUUUUUA